CCGUCCCCGUCUCCGCUGUCGGCGCCUCGCCGGGCUAGGGUUCUCGCCACGCAGCCGCUGCCGCCGCCACUCGCGUCGCGGGUUCAAGAUGCCUCGCUAUGAUGACCGUUACGAUCGCUACGAUGACCGUUAUGAUCGUUAUGACGACCGUUUUGAUCGCUAUAAUGACCGUUAUGAUCGGUAUGACCGAUAUGGUGGCAACACCAAGUUGUACGUGGGCCAUCUUUCUACGCACACCCGGACCAAGGAUGUUGAGUACCUUUUCGGCAGAUAUGGGAGAAUACGAUGUGUGGAGCUGAAGUAUGAUUAUGGCUUUGUUGAGUUUAGCGAUCCCCGGGAUGCAGAUGAUGCAAGGUAUGAGCUUGAUGGCCAAGAGGUUGAUGGGAGCCGCAUCAUUGUUGAGUUUGCAAGAGGGAUCCCGCGUGGCCCAGGAGGUUCCCGCGAGUACUUGGGCAGAGGACCCCCUCCUGGUUCUGGCCGCUGCUUUAACUGUGGGAUUGAUGGGCACUGGGCUCGUGAUUGCAAUGCUGGCGACUGGAAAAAUAAGUGCUAUCACUGUGGAGAAAAGGGCCAUAUAGAAAAAAACUGCCAGAACAGUCCUAAGAAUAUCAAGCGGGGAAGAAGCUACUCACGCUCCCCACCACCUCAUCGCGAAAGGAGCCUAAGCAGGAGUUACAGCCGAUCGCCUUAUCCAAGGAGGGAUGAUCGAGCUGUUGGCCAUGAGGAAAGGCGACCAAGAAGCUCUAGUUACAGCCCUAGGAGGAGUGCUUCACCUUCCGGUUUGAACCGCAGCCCAGCACCAAAUGGCAAGAGCCACCACCAAGGGAGCAAGCUGAAGUCAAUGGUUCACAUAACGGUGUGAGAGGCAACAGCCUGAGUCCCGCCCGUGAUAGCCGCCCAGCCACCAACAGAAUGAGCCCUAGCCCCUGGGAGUGAUGGCGAACGCUGCGCACCACCCUCAACUUGAACUAAUCUUGUUGCAUCGUCUCUUGGGCCGAACUCUUAUGUUGGUAGACUAUGUUAGUAUGUUUGUCGAACGUCGGUUCGCGUUAUGCCUCCUCGUCUAAACCUGUCCGGGUCAUGAAUUUUUCAUGAUUGACAAAUGUUGACGUGUGUUAUGCCGCCUUGUCUGAACCUGAAAGUCUUUUUGCGGUUGCGACAAUGUUAUCUAGACUUGGAUAGCAUGAUCA